AUGCCGACCGUCGAUGAAGUAUCAAUUCCCACUCAGACUUCCCAGAUCAACCACUUCAGCACAUCAAAUCCCUUUGCAGGUUUCCGACCCGUCGAAAACAUCCCUUCGGCUCCUCGGCCUCGGCAGCCACCACCUCAGUCUAUAUCUACUCCAUCCCAACAUGUUGCACAAUUACAUCGUAAUGUACCGCAACAGCGGAACUCUAUCUCCUCGGCGCAAGGGUCUAUACAGCCUCCGGUAUCACGGUUCAAUGGAGCCCCCCAUCAUGCCCAGGCCUUGAACAUGACGACCAUUGCGCCUGAAUCAUCAAACGUGGAAUUGGCACCACAACAUUCGGCUUUUCCACAACACGAUUAUGUGGCGCUUGUAGCCGAUGCGCCAGAUAUAACAAGCUUCAUGGACAGCUUCCCUGGCCAUCUUCAAGGCAUGAAGUUUUUCAAAGACCCGCCGGACUUGGACAUCUGGAGAAACAUGUUAUUCAACGUCGAUGAGAUGAUCACCCUGACCGAAGAACAGUUUCAGAUCUAUUUCCCCCAUAUCGACAAUGUCUAUUCCCACCGCUCCACUCAGCGAUACAAACGCAAGCCCUUCGCCUCUCACUAUUGGGAUUGCCGGCUGAAAGGUCGCGCAUCGGGUACACCCAAAUCGGAUGAUCCAAACAAGAAAAAGCGCAAGCGCGUAGCACGGGAGAGAGACCUCUGCGAUGUCAAGAUCAAAAUCACCGAAUACUUUCCUACUGCCGGUGUAUUGGAGGAGGUGGCCGUCCCGGAGGACAUGUUGCCCGAUAUGCAUUCCAUGUUCCCACUUCAGGGCAACGGCGCAUUCGGUGUGCUUUCUGCGCCUCCUAGUUCCGGUCUACCGGGAGAUCAUCCUGGAGCAAACGGCAAGAGGUAUUUCACCAUUCAACGAGUCAAUGGAACUGGCACCCAAGGUCAGGGACUGGGAUGUGGCCAUCAGCAUACUCUGGAGGACAGUGAUCGAGUCAAGAAGAGUAGUGUCCAGCGCAUUCUUUUGAAAGAAGAUAAGGAAAGGAAAAAGAGUAUGCAGAACAGAAACAUGUCGGGCCAGAAGUCCUAUCACACCAAAGCAACAGGCCAAGCCGCUGUGACGGUAGUCCAACAUUCAGCGGACUCAAGGCUGAAGCUCUAUGGAGGCUGUUUCUGGCUGACUCGAUGUUUCUCUGCGCAAAGUCCCUUCGUGCAGCGAGUAUGGAUAGCGCUGGAAAUGAAAAAGAUACCCUACCAGUACAUCGAGGUCGAUCCAUAUCUAAAGCCUCAGUCACUGCUUGAGGUGAACCCACGGGGGCUGGUUCCAGCUUUGCGACAUGAUGACUGGGGGUGUUAUGAAAGCACCGUGCUCAUGGAAUAUUUGGAAGAUUUGAACCUUGGCACAGCACUUCUUCCAGAAGAUGCAAAGAUGCGUGCCCAUUGUCGACUCUGGGCCGACCAUAUCAACCGGAACAUCGUGCCCAAUUUCUACCGGGUUCUGCAAGAGCAGGACCCACAGAAGCAAGUCGAGAAUGCGAAAGAGCUGCGGGACGCCUUCGAAAAGCUCAUCGAGGCCGCGCACCCUGUCGGGCCCUUUUUCAUGGGACCGCACAUGUCCUUUGUAGAUGUGCAGGCUGCCCCGUGGGUCAUCCGGCUUCGUCGCGUCUUGAAGCCGUAUCGAGGCUGGCAUGAUGCGGAGGAAGGAACUCGAUGGGCAUCCUGGGUAAACGCUAUCGAUACCAAUGAGCACGUACGGGCAACAACGAGCUCAGACGAACUCUAUAUGGACAGCUAUGCACGAUAUGCUGAGAACCGGCCUAACACGUCCCAGGUUGCGAAUGCAAUCAAUUCAGGACGGGGCCUUCCUUAG